GCCACCGCGCCACUUGGACCGGACGGAGGCUCUCGGCCCCGCGCGGCUCGUUGCCAUAAACCAGCCGUCGCGCCCCACCUCACCUCUCCUCUCGCCCAGUCAAAGCCAGAGAGCACCAGCCUCAGCCUGGCUGGCGGGCUGUCUCCUCUGCCGCUGCCGCCUUCCCCUCCGCCUCUAAAUCCUCCGCCCCGCCCCGCCUGACCAUCGACUCGACCGGCGCCGAAUCCGGGACGGCGCGGGGUGAUGGGUGUGUCGCCGGUGUCGCCGGGGGGCAGCGGCGGCUACGAGUGCUCCUUCAAGAUCCUCCUCAUCGGGGACUCGGGCGUCGGCAAGAGCAGCCUCCUGGUCAGCUUCGUCGCCGCAGCCAACCUCGACGACGACAUCGCGCCCACCAUCGGAGUUGAUUUCAAAAUCAAGUUUCUUACUGUUGGUGGAAAGAAACUGAAGCUGACUAUAUGGGAUACUGCUGGCCAGGAGAGGUUUAGGACAAUCACUAGUUCUUACUAUAGAGGUGCUCAAGGAAUUAUUCUAGUAUAUGACGUCGCGAAGAGAGAGAGCUUCACAAAUUUGGGUGAUGUAUGGACUAAGGAGAUAGACUCAAACUCAUCAAACAAAGACUGCAUAAAAAUGCUUGUUGGAAACAAAGUUGAUAAGGAUGAUGAGAGAACAGUCACAAGAGAAGAAGGUCUUGCCUUCGCACAAGAAUCUGGAUGUCUGUUUCUUGAGAGCAGUGCAAAAACUCGAGAAAACGUCGAGAAUUGUUUUGAAGAACUUGUGCUAAAGAUCCUUGAGGUUCCAAGUCUCCUGGAGGAAGGCUCGUCAUCGGUUGUCAAGAGGAACAUUCUGAAAAAGCAACAGGAAAGUCAUGCAAAGUAUGGUGGUAGAUGCUGUCAAUAGAUCCAUGACGUAUGAUUGAGCUCGCUAUCUAUGGUCAUCGUAUCGCAGCGACUGUUGCAUGGACGGCACUGAAGGUUUAUUGUCAAGAUGUGCGCAUUCUGCUCUUUUGAUAAUUCCAGCAAACAAAAGAUUACCCUGGAGGGUAGGCCCUUGAUGAACAGGACACUCCUGGAUGAUGCAAGCCAAAGGGCCAGGGGAAGUAAAGAGGCCAUCGUUUCCUUCGUGCAUUUUCCAGAUUUCCCAGCAAACAAAGAUAUGUCCAUGGAGCGUUAGUUUUUCAGGAUUCAGCCACAGGUGCCGAAGAGCCCAGGGGUUAUAGAUCAAUGUUUUCGAGCCAGGAGUUCACUUGACAGUGAAAGAAAUUGGAAGCAUUACUUGACUAAACUGAACCCUAACGGCAAAUUGAUGUUGGAUUUUUGCUCGGCAUCUUUGUUCCACUUAUGCUGCUGUGGAGGCACAGCCUAUAUUUAAGCGGUUGUAACAUAUGUGAUUUUUUGGUUCAAGUGCCAAAGGCAUCAAGUGCUACCUUUUCCGUUGGA